AUGAGAAAUUUGGUUGGAGAAAAAGGCAGUGUAGAUGAAGAUGAUCUUCAAAACCUUCCAUACCUCAAGGCAGUAGUAAAAGAAACAAUGAGAUUGCACCCUGCAGUUCCACUACUAGUGCCACGAGAAACAACUCAAACAUGUAAGAUAGAUGGGUAUGAAAUUCCACCCAAAACCUUAGUCUAUGUGAAUGCAUGGGCCAUUGGAAGGGACCCUGAAGCUUGGGACAACCCACAAGAGUUCUUACCUGAGAGAUUUAUAGGAAGCACAAUUGACUUCAAAGGUCAAGAUUUUGAGCUUGUUCCCUUUGGUGCUGGUCGAAGAGGUUGUCCAGGGCUCUACAUGGGUGCUGUUCAAGUGGAACUUACACUUGCCAAUCUUCGUUGUGCAUUUGAUUGGGAAUUACCUGUUGGGAUGAAGAAGGAAGAUUUAGACACCGAGGUCAUACCCGGUGUAACAAUGCACAAGAAAACUGCCCUUUGCCUUGUACCUAGUGGUGGACAAUUUUCACUGUAAUUAAUUAAUUCAGUUUGUGUACUAAACAACAAACAAAAUAUAAAAGAAAUAAAGGAAAGGGGAGA